GCAUUCCUAAUUGUAGUUACCACUCGUAUAUAAGACAGUGAUUGCUUUACGGACAUUAGCAUUUAAGAAACUUUGCAAUUUCAUCGCAAAAAAACCCUUGGACAUACAAGAAAAGCAAACAUGUCGACACUAACUGCAAUUUCGUGUGUCUUAUUUAUUUCAACACAAGUUCUCGGGGCCGCCAUAGACCGGUCAGUGUCAUUCUCGGCCGGUUUGACGAGCACACAAUACAUGAUGGAUGGCGAUACAGUUGUGUAUGACCAGGUCUUUAUCAACGACUACAAUGGAUACAAUCCCAAUACUGGCAUCUUCACAUGUCCUAUCGCAGGUGUGUACAUCUUUCACUUCCACGGCUACUCCCAAAACAAAGACACCGUUAUGUGGCUGGACCUCAAGCACAAUGACCAAAAAGUGGUCGGUGUCAGCGGAUACAACUCUCACACUGUCGGGAGCAAUACUGUCAUGCUCAAACUUCGCAAGCAGGAUAUAAUCCAGGUCCAAUCCAGGGACAAAAUCCAGUUCGCUCUAUUUGGCCUGCCAACUCAAGUGUACUCGACAUUCACGGGCUAUCUUGUGCACGAGGACCCGAACAGCCAUUAAAUGGACAGCGGGUCUUUUUGGCUACUUUUCGGUUAAAUGACCGGAAACUAGUCUUAUGUUGUAAAAGGGACAUUUGUGUUGCUGCCAGUCAUUUUUUUAUAAACAAUUAACUUAUGAUUAAAUUUGUUGACGAUUCA